CGUACGCCGUUCAUUCAGGGUGGCGAUGUUAUGAAUGAUUCAUUCACGAAUAUUUGUCUUUCAUGGUGCCGCUCGCACGGUACUCGUAUGGUAGUUUUGACUGUCUAGCAGUCUGCUGCAUUUUAUGUUAUGACCAGUGACUACCUCAAAAAGGGUAGAAGUCGUAUCUUAACGGAGUUCAGUUAUUUUUCAAAAAUGGGAUUAACUGAAGAGCGCCAGUUCGAGUCGUCUCCGUUUCACGUUCAACAUUGCACCAUUUUCACUGGCAAAACGAAGACUUUGGGGGAUUUUUUUUCGAAAUCUGGCUCCUUGUCCGAUUUGAAAAGUCAGUCCUUUUGGAUGAAAAUCUAUUUUCCUUCUACGCAAGAAGACGACGAGGCGUUGGAGUCUGGUUUUUAUUUUUUCGCCGUUGAUUUAAGCAAUGGAAACUCGUGGUACCAGCACGAGCCAUCCUUAUCCGCCGUCACGGAAAGCGUUGAGGAAUACAAUCCUGGACUGGAAAUGGAGGAAGAUCUGCUGAUCAGGCAUCUAUCAGAUGCCGUGUCCGGGAAAAGCAGCGCACGCUGGCGAUUUAUGUUGGAUGGUCACAACAAGUCCCGUUCAUCGUCACAACAACCCACAAAAGCGAACAUCGGAUUUCGAAUGCUACUCGGCGGAUCCAUAGCGUUUGAUUUUGAUUUUAAAUGCACUUCUGCCAACAGUCUCGCAAACAGUGCUGGCGUCCAGUUGCACUUCGCACACGUUGUUCAGCCUCUAAUAAUGAUGGCCGCUUACUCUGUUGAUGCUUCGAAAGAUUUGGUCGAGAUUUUACACAAUAAGGACAAAGAAAUUGAGGAUUAUAAGUUUCAAGGCGCUAAACCAUCCCGCGGAACCAUUACAUCUGUACCGUUUGAUCUCACACAGUUCGAGCUGGCGCGUAUAAGUAGUACGAAGAUGGACAGUUUCGCCGACUGUGCGACUGAUGCUGGCGUAGUCAAAUUAUAUGAAACGCUCGUUUCAGCGCGAUUAAAAAAUCCCAGAGGGAAUUCAGCCGCCACGGAAGAUACAAAACGGAAGAAAUCUGAGUCUCCCGGAAAAACCAAACUCCCAUCUCCGAAAUCCAGCCCAAAAAAGCUACCGGCUCCGGUUAAAAAUAGUACUGAAGAGAUUGCUGUCGAAGUCGAGGAAGGCAUCAAGCCGAUACCGGCUCCUCGCCGGGCAUCAUCUCGCACUUCUGCUGCAGCACAGACGCCUGCAGAAACCUCGAAACCCCCAUCCGAGUCAACUAAAAAGCCACCGGCAAAGAAAAAGAGAGGCUUCAUGUAGAAUGAGCAGUAGCAUCUGAAUUUAGGCGGUGCGCUUUGUCCAGGAAAUUUCUGGAUGUCUAUUUGUGGAUAAUGAUAUCGCUGACUCGUGAGAUCUACCAUAGAUAUUCUGCUUAACAGAGUUUGCAAGAAUGCCCAGCUGGAUUGUGAUUUGUGAACCCUGCACAGAUUGAAAGCUUGGUUGAUUUUUUAUUUGCUCAUCUUGUCAGUAAAUACGAUACUUUUUAGCGGUACGAGAAAGAUA